AUCUACCUUUAUUCAACAGCAACGUUUUAGAUGGGCUCCUGAGCAUCACUCUAAAGUUUGGAAGAAGUAUUUUGGAUUGGUUGAAAGUUCAUAUCGAAGAAAAAUGAAUCGAAUUCGAGCAAAUAUUAUAAAGAAAUCAAUCCCAGAUUUUAAACCAGAAGAAGAUUAUUCACGUUUAAUUCCAUUUCGACCUGAGGAAAUAGGGGAGCAAAAUUGGAGAAAUUUAUGUGCUGUUUGGAAUACACCAGAGUGGAAAACAAAAUCCAGAGCGGGUUUGAAAAAUCAGAGAGGCAAGCUACUUGAUGGUGAUGUUACAGCAAGAAGUUCAUUGGGCACCAAGACAAAGUCUCAAUUACUACAAGAAAUUGAAGACUAUUGUAAAAUUCUGUGUGCAAAAAAAGGAGAAGAUCGGGGUACGUGGCCAGUCUUUGAUAGAGAUGCUUGGAUUCAAGCGUCAGGCGGAGUGCAAAAGGGGGAUCAAUGGAUAGGUGUCCCAUUGCAAUUUUCAGACCCCGUGGCAUUCCAUCCAGCUCGUGAGACCCUAAAGCGGUCUAACAAGUGUUUACACCUAGCUUACCGUCAUGUUGGGAAACGAGGCUUGGAUAACGCAGCGGAAAACAAAAAUUUAUAGUCCAAAACUCGAUUCCACCCAAGAAUAACUUACGUAAAUUACUAGCUAUAGUAAGAAAUUUACCUUAACGGUGAAAACGGAGAACGGAGGAACGGUCGGGGAUGGUUUUGAGGAGAUGAACGUAGCGCCAAACGUAUGAAGCCUCCAACGUAUCCACACGAACUUGCUCCGGAGUCCAAGAUUAAACUUGUGCUAGCAAGUUUAAUAUAGGAUAGUAAAAACU